AUGGGACGUGCAUGCGUGGAUCAGGCCCGGGGAGACACUCGCUCACCAGACCCCAUAUCCAGAGCUAGACCCGGCAGCGGAGGCUCCACCACCACCACCACCUCCUCCUCCACCACCACCUUCACCACCCACGGAUUCUUCCAGGGAUUGCAUAUAAUCGACACCCCCCCUGCCCCUACCCACCCCUCCCACCUGGAACCCACUCGGACUACCAGGACCCCUGGGCCUGGAACACCACGUUCAACAUAUAUCAACGCCCUCUCCUCCUCCCAGACCUCGUCUUCCUACCCACCUUCACCCGCAUCUCAACCUCAAGCCUCGCCGUUUCCACCUCUACCUGAGCACAUCCCGCCUCAAGCCUGGCUCAACAUACCAUCACGACCUCACCCUGACGGUACUCCAAGCGUACGAGCAGAUCCCGCCUCGGAUUACUCCUUCCACUCCUCGCUCGCCCCUCAGCCAUCACCGCAGCCGGCAUCAUCAGACACUAUGAGUACUGCUGCUCUCCACUUCGACCCUGGUUUCAACCACUUCAGCAUGGGCAGCCGAUCCUCCUUUGCCUGGCCUGGUAUGUGCAGACCAGACACCACCUGGCCGCCUCCUUCUUCUGCUCGACCGGGCCAUCCAUCUAACCCUGCAGCAGACGUCGUCCUCGAGCCCACAAACGGUGGUCUUCUCCCCCAGGACAUGGGACAUUACGCACCCGAGUCCAGCCUGAGUCCCCCUAUGCACUCUCGUUCCGCAACGAGCAGCCCACCCAGGAUGAGUGCGGAGCAGCGCGAGCUCAAGAGGCAACGCGAGCAGGCACGCCGGGACUCUAAGCUCUCAGCACGCAUUCAACGGGCAGGUAGCCAAGGGUCGCAUAGCGGCUACGAGGUCGCCUCUCCACCCUCCACCCAGGGAGAGUUUGCACACACCUCUAGCAUGUCCAGCAUGCCAGUCUAUACCACAGCUCCCACCGAUAUCUCCCUCCUCACAGAGCCAACCACCUUGGCUCCGCAAAUGGUUCUGCCCUCUUACUCUCCGCCGCUCCCGUCUUCCAACCAGAUGGGCUUCCCCAGCCCAUACCAGCAGCCACAGUACAUCGACUACCCUUAUCCCCCAUCAACAGGUGCUCCCCUCUCCUCGCAUUAUGGACCCGUCUCCCACGAUCCAGCCAUGAUGUAUUCUAUCCCCCCCGUGAUGCAGACCGGCGGUACUCCUCACCAGCACGACAACCAGGGGCACGUCCGGGUCGUCCAGAGUAGGCCCAAGCCCCAAUGUUGGGAGCACGGGUGCAACGGUCGCCAAUUCUCGACCUUCAGCAACCUCCUUCGCCAUCAGCGGGAGAAGUCUGGGCAAGCCACCAAGGCAAGCUGCCCGGACUGUGGGGCCGAGUUCACCAGGACGACUGCACGGAAUGGUCACCUCCUGCACCAGAAGUGCAAGCAGAAGAGGCAGCCUUCGACGAGCUCGUCAUGA